AUGAUCGGACAAAUGGGAUCAUUCGAAUAUCCGUCUGCUAGCAUCGACGAGCCUCUUGACUGCUACCUUCAUGGCUACGUCAGCUCCCGCAUCAUGAAUCUGGCCAGGAACAGUCCCGAGGGGCAAGGUCUUCCAAUCUGCGUGGCAACCAGCAAGGUAGAUGGAUUGAUUCUGUCACUCACACCAAACUCGCACAGCUAUAACUACCGCUCUGCCAUUCUACACGGCUAUGCAAGUCUUGUCACCGAUGAAGAGGAGAAGCUUUGGGCCAUGAAGCUGAUCACCAACUCUGUACUCGAAGACCGUUGGGAUCACUCGCGGGUGCCGCCAGAUCGCGCUGAGAUGCAAUCGACGGUCAUACUCAAGGUCAAGAUCGUUGGUGGUAGUGGUAAGAUCCGUGACGGGGGAGUUUCCGAUGAGCGCAAGGACUCCGACAAUGAGCAGGUGACCAAGACUGUCUGGACUGGCGUCAUACCUGUCUGGGAGACUCUUGGGGCCCCCAUCCCUAGCGGCGACAGUCAAGUUGCGGCCGUUCCGGAAUACAUCAGCUCCUUUAUUGCCCAGAAGAAUAGUCAGAAUCAGGCGCUAGCUGAGGGUGCCGUGAAAUUCCAUUUUCCACAGGAGGAGCAACACUAA